GCGCGCGCGAAUAAUACAAUAUCCCGCGAGAAACGAUCGAGAAACCGUGUCCGACAGCUGGUCGAUGAUGACGCUUUUAAAUCUCUUCCAGCGUCUUGGUCAAUUAGAGAAUGUGUCGCUUCUUUUUGGCAAUUCACGCAAUCUUGAGAAAGCUCGUAAAAUAGUUUCGUGUACAUAGCAAUGAUCCUGAUACGAACGUAAAAGUCAUUUGUCAGUCCGAUAAUCGGAAUCAUUCUGCUUGAAUUUUAUAGGCAGGCUUAAACUAGAAGGAGGUAACAAUCACGGCAGACGCGUGAACGUUCCGGAUAAAAGAGAAACUCAUUCGUACUUAUUUGUCGCGAAAUAAUAUGUGUCAAAAACGAUGCGUAAAGUGGAUGGUAUCGUUAUAAAUGGAAGAUUGAGAAAAAUUCUCUCGAUUGAUACUUGUAUAUGCUGAAUUCACUACGGGCUACGGUACCUCAAGAAAUUGUUCGAGAUUGUAACAAUUACUACUUCUUUCUUAUUUCCGCUGCUGUAAUAAAGAUGAUCAAACGACAAUUUCGCGGCUCCAAAAAGAUUUAAAAAAAUGGGCAGACGAAUCUUGUCGUAGUGUCGAAAUUGUCUUUAACGUCGUGUCUGGCAAAAAUGUGGAAAGUCGAUUGGAUGGCGUCGCGUCGCGAAGAAUGUAAAGCUCUCUUCUUCGCGAAUCUGGUCACGAACGAGAACUACAUCCAUCCCAUCGACCUCUAGCCACCACCGCGGCAGCCUGGAACAUUGUUCCUCGUAAAACUAAAGUCGUCGAGCCACUUGCCUUUUGCGUGCGAGCAGAUACACUUGAUGCUGGAUCAACGAGAAAUACAAAGCAUCUAAUUAGUUGGAGCAAAGAAAGUCAAGUGUGUGAUCUUCGUAUCGUGAAAUUCGAGAAUUUAUCAAGCAGCCGCUUUCGGACUUUGAAUAAUUUCAUUGAAGCACGACGGCAAGUGGUGAACUCUUCAAGAGAAAUCGAAGGUGAGAUCGAACACGAUCUUCGGAACUUGACUCUCUCUCGGAGAAAGAAACGUUUUACAAUAUCCAGACGAGGAAAAAGUGAUCGCGAUUAUUUAUUCACUUGAUUGCCCAUAUUGUGUAUGUGCGACUUGUAAAACGGAAUUCAUUAAUCUUGCGCCAUCGAACGUUCAACAAUUUCAGGCGAUUUCAAUGGUCUGAAUUCGCCAGAGCAACCCCAAGCUUUUUCGCAAGCGCGCUUAUUUUGCGCGGCAUCUUACUCGUAUCCUCGAUAAAGUGUCGCACCGGCAAUUGUCGUUUCUUGCGUGAAUUAUCGAUCUCGUCGCCUAAACGGACAAGACGACACGACACGGUACGGUACUCCGAUCUCGUCUCGCGUUGGUCACGAUCGGUGCGUGACAUCCGGCAUAGGCCAGUUGCACAUACGAAUUCAUCCGUCCAGGAUGGUAGCCGAGCUUGCCGGCAUUUUCACGUCGACGUUCGACGGAAGAACAUCCCUGACGGUCGCUUUCGCGAAACAGCGCGCACGACCCAAGUGGAUCCAAACAGCGACGCGUGAGCCGAUUUAUAGUGUCCUAGACAGCAACGAGACCAUCCCGCAGAAUCCUCCGUUGGCCGUCCUUGGCAAGGUCGUAAUAAUCAGAGCGGUGAAGAAGGACGAGCUCAAAUCGGAGACGCUCAGAGACGAGCGAUCGUCUCGCCUCGAGGUCGAGAACGAGAACGAUUUGUACAGCGUGGUGAGCAAAUGCAAGAAGGUGCGACUGCCGGAAACGUCGUCCUCCGACGAAGAGGCAAUUCGGCCUGUCGAUCAGACUCGAAUCGAGCGUUCGAUUCUCACGAAUCUCGACGGAAAAAAGCCGACGGAAGACGCGUCCAAACGUGUCGAGGUGAAAAAGUGGCUUCGCGACACACCCGCCAUGUAUUCCGAUCGCACUUCGGACUACGAGAAUCCGUGGCACGAGAGAGAGGCUGCUACAAUAGCGUUGCCCAAAGGAGUAGUCGGACUGGUUGGGCCCUAUAGAGUAUACAGGAAUCCCAACGAGAGGCGAGAGUAUAUGCUUCAGGAGGAAGAACUAGUCGAGGAGACGGUGCAAGACGAAAAUACAGGCGAGCAGCGUUCCAGGGCAAAGUGGAGGAUCAGGGAGGACGACGAGGCGACGUUGGUUCCCAGUAUUCGAGAUCUACCGAGUCUCGAAAGCUUUGUGGAAAGAAAAAUGGAGGACCGAGAGAGAGAGAGCGAGCUAGAACCGCCAAUGAAAAUGGAAAAGUCGGCAUGCGUCGGAGGAGGAGGGACGUCGUUCAGAGGAGAGGAGCGAUCGACAGAUUUGCCGGAUACGGUAUCCGCGGCCUCAUCGUCCGCGGCCACGUCGAUGAGGAAUAAGGCGGGCAAUGAACAGCACGACAAGGACAGCCUGAACGAGACCGGAAGUACAACGGGCGGCACCGUGGAGGGUGUGCCGGGUGGUGCCCCGAGCAGGGCUGACAGGACCAAGGACAACGAGCAGCCGCCCGCGCAGGCAUCCACCAGCUCGGCGCAACCAGCGAGGUCCUUGGUCUCGAGGAUCCUGGCGAGGACGCGAUCUCCUGACGAUUUGCUGGAUCACUCGGAACCCUACUCGCAACUAUGGGUCGUUCUCUCAAACGUGUACGGCGAGCUUAUCGUCGUCCUAACGAUGGCGUUAUGUUUGGCCGAGGUCAUGGACACGCCUGUACCUCUGCUCAGUUUGCAAGGCGUCUUCCUCAUGUACCUCUACGUGGGCAGCAUCGCCGUCAUCAUCGGCAUUUACAUAUGGGUGCUGGUCGACAGCUGUGGCAGCUUGAGCCGAGGUGGUAACGGGCUCGGUGACGCGGAACUCGGCGGCGCGUCGCUCACCAGGUUUGGGUCGUUAAAACGAGCGCACAUCUCCAGAGCCAGGACUGCACCAACCAGUUUUUACAUACGUGUCGGCGCGCUUCUGUUUGGCCUGGCGACGCUGGUCUUCAACGGUCUGGAGAUGGCGAUGCACUCGAUGAUGCAGGGCGCCGAAUGCUUGACCGACGUUGUCUUCGUGCACCCAGUGCUGCACGGCCUGUUCACCUUCUUGCAGAUGCACUUUCUCUUCGUAAACUCGCAGGCGAGCAUCAGUCUUACGUUAAUUGCAUUAAACAGACACGUACGUGGUCAGACAAUGCGUGAACGCGUUUCUUCGUUCCGCUCUGAUCGUUUCGCCAUGUAUCGCUAUACAAUCGUACAGCGAACGCAUCAAAACGCGCACGGAAGAUUCUUACAGAUUCUAAAUUCAGAUUUGGAAAAACGAAAAACGAAACCGUUCGAUGAAAUUUCAUUGGAAAUUGAUCGACGUUACAUAUUUAUUCGAGAUUUACCAAGAGAACAUUCUGUCCUACCGGCAACUCCUCAGGUCCUCGUGGAACGCUUCGGUCUAGCAGCCAGAUUCGGCUUCACGCACCUCGCAGCCACGAAUAUCGCGGUCUGGACGCGUCUAGUGAUAUGGGACUCCGCGCAAGAAUGGACUUACUUUGUACACUUGGCGCAGCACGAGCAGGAAACAUCCGUGUCUCCGCUAAAUCUACGAGGAUUUCCCGGAUCCCUGACGAGACAGUCGCGAGAUCUUAUAGAAGAUUCUACGACGAAAACGAGCACCUUCAAACCUUAUCAACCUGUCUCCAACGAACAAAUCUCUCAGGUGAUCGCGUUGCAGGAGUGCUUGAACACCAACACCUUAGGACAAUUGUGGACUUCGAGUAUGCCCUUCCUCUAUCCCUUCAUUGUUCAAUUCAGUCUAAUCGCCGCGGCGGUGACCUUCGUAAUGGGUCAGAAUGUCGGCCGGAACCGGCUGAUGAAGCAAAAGUUUCAUGGGAGCAAGGAUCUGAGCAGUCACAGCAGAAUAGGUUGCGACGGCUCCAGCAAGGGUCUUUUCCUGGGUAUCCUGUGUAUGGUCGCCGGCAUCGUGGUGAUUCUCAUCUUCCUGGUUGUGCGGGAGGACGAGAAUUUCCCGUCGGCCACUCUCUCCUGGCUUACCUGCGGCACUCUGAUCGGCAUACUGACGCUCAGCAGUCUGAUGACCGCCAGCGGCCUCGUGCAAGUGCGCCAGAUCUCGGUGGUGACGAGAGCGCCGGCCGCCCUGGACAGUCUCCUAUCGAACGUGUCGCUCUUUGGCGUGCAACUCUACUCCGUAUUCACCAUCGUGGUGUGCGCUUGUUCUCUGGCGACAUCGGAUGACAGCGAGAACGAGGACACUCGGGCGAGGCAUAUCAUGCUGCUGUCGACAUCGAUUCUGCAGCUGGUGCAGUGCUUCGCGCAGAGCACAUUGAUCGCCGAGACUUCGCGACGCUCGUGCAUCACACGCUUCCAAAUGCUGGCGAAACCGGGUCGUCAGGUCAUAACCUUCCUGCUCUUCAGCAAUGCCGUUCUUUGGGCCUUUGACACGGUCAUCACGCAAAACUGGCUGUCGCAGGAACUGCAACUCAGGUUCUUCGGUGUGCUCGCUUGGGGCGUGCUGUCUAGGAUCGGCCUGCCUCUGCUUAUCUUUUACAGGUUCCAUAGUUGUGUACUGCUGCUGGAGGCGUGGAAUAAAUCACAUCCUGGCUCGCGAGAUUCUCUCUCUUCCGGGAGAUUGGUGCUUGAAUCGUCAAUGGGCAACGAAUACGCCGCUCGCAAACGUUUGCUGUACCCGCAUUCACUAUCACUGGACGCGGUGCAUCUCCUUCCUUACGUGGACAGCGCGAGCUGGUUGUAUCUGGACCCGAAUCCUGUUUUUCCCGUACAUCUGCCGAACUUCAAGUGCGACGAAUCUUUAUGUGGACAGCAGUAUCAUUAUCACCACCGUCACCAUCGUCACCAUCAUCAUCAUCAUCAGCAGCAGCAGCAGCAGCAGCAGCAGCAGCAGUAUCAGCAGCAACACUAUCAUCACCGUCAUUGUCGCCAGAGGAAACACCGUCGAGUAUUGAGUGAUCCCGGUGCCGGUAGAUACAACGGCGACGCGGCGAGCACACAUCGAAGGGUACUCAGCAGCAGCAGUGCCGGGAUUGAUCUGAUGCGCGCGUCAAUAGACGAAGCCAAUGAAGAGGAUCCGUCGCCCGAGGAAACAGGAGCGUCGACCUUCAGAAAAGUGCCAUGGCACCCCAAUUUGCACAUGCUCAAGAUUAGGAGAACGUAGUGACAUAGUUAACGCCACCACGUGACUAUUAUAACGAAGUAAGAUGAACAAGCAAAGUCUCGAAUCAUAGAAAUGUGAAAUGUAAACGACGUUUCGAUCUUUCGGAUAAUUUGGGAGUUUCGGAACCAUGUCAUUAUAAAUUGUAGCAACAAAUGAGCAAAGUGCGCCCAUGUUAGAUUACGACUAUUUCAUUAUUAUAUAAUAAAGUUAACUGUUCAAGUAAAUCAAUUAUAUUCCUAUGAUUACGAUUGAUCAGUGCGCUAUAGAAUCUUAGGCGAUCUAAACAUGUUAUCGGGCUUUUAAUUUGGCAGUUUACACGUUGAUUUUUUUCACUUCCACACGAAUGUAACGUGUCGUGUUGUUCAUUUAUCUCUGCAAAUGCGACGGAUUACCUUUAUAAUAAUUAUAACGUCGCUUUGACCGCCGUAAAGCAAUUUUAACAAAUCUUAAACAAAAUAUGCUUUACACAAUAUCUCCGAAAAUGCCGCCAACACUGUUCAAUUUCACGUGCAAUAUUUCUAGUUUUAAGUUUUAUGGCUAUACUGUACAAAAUGAUGCGACUAAAUGUAUACCGUAGACAAUGGCGUUGACGUGAUUCCGUCGUCGCUAUCGCGAGAGCCAUCGAGAUUGCAUCGUGUUCGUGAAAAUGAUGAUGCAAUGCUCUGUAUCUUUAGUAAUUAAUGCAGAAAAAGAGAGAGAAGAAGGGAGGCAGCGAGAGAGAGAGAGAGAGAGAGAGAGAGAGAGAGAGAGAGAGAGAGAGAGAGAGAG